UGCACGAUCUGUUCCGCUGCAUACUCUGUGAUUGUGUGAUAUUCCUUCUAUAUUAUUGCAAUGGGUGGUGAUGAAAAAGAAGGUCAGAGUGCCAAGAUCAAUGAGGUCCAGAAAGUUGAAGUUUCUGUCCAAAGUUCAGACGGUGGUUCUUUUGGGGGUAUGAAACUCAAUGGUACCAAUUUUCGAACGUGGAAGAAGAUUAUGUCCGUCUAUCUUCGUGGCAUACACAAGAUAGGGCAUGUGACUGGAACAACUGAAACUCCUGGUGACGAGGAUGUGAAUGCCUAUACUAAGUGGGAGGAUGAUGAUGGAUCUGUGAUGGCAAUCUUAUUCAAAGCCAUGACUGAUGAUGUGCUACAAUUGGUGGAAGGGUGUGAGACUGCUGAAGCAAUAUGGAAGACCUUGGGGGAUCUAUAUACAAAUGAGUCUGAUUUUAUACAGAUUCAUGAAUUAAUGUGCAAAGCUGCAAGUAUGCAACAGAAUAGGCAAUCAAUAGCUGUGUAUUUCACCAAGCUAAAGAAUGUAUGGGCUGAAAUUGAUCAGAAGCGUCCUUGCAAAAUCAAGAAUCAGGAAGAUCUUGUGUGGUACCAGAAGGAAAAGGAGCUAGAAAGGGUACAUGUAUUCCUGAGAGGGCUUGAUGAGAAGCAUAGCAGUGCCAAGGGAGAAUUGCUCAGAAUGACAGACCCUUCUAGUUUGAACACAGCUUUUACAUACAUCCGCAAGGAUGAGUCUCAACAGGAGAGUAUCAAACAUGCACAGGUUGAAGUAUCUAGCCUAGCUAUUCAGGCCAAGUCACCGGCACCUUUCCUUCAGCAGCAGAGUUCAGCCCCACUUCAUCAACAAGGUUUCCCACAAGGCUUCACCAACCGCCCUCGUCCUCAAUGUUCUUAUUGCAACGAGCUUGGGCAUGUUCGGGAAACUUGUUGGAAGUUGAAUCCACACCUUAAACCUAAAAAGCAAGGUUAUCGUCCUAAGGCGAAAGCAGCUGCUGUUCAAUUGGUCCAAGAACCGGAUUUCUAUGGAGUGGCUGGCCAAGAUCAUCAUACAGCAGGUGGAGCUACUCCUACAGCCUCCAUAGCUGGUCGACGUAAAAUUGGAUCUUCUCACCAGGGAGAUAAUCGGUCGGGGGUAUCUGAGGGGCAGGUUGUUCCAUCUGGAUCAGACAUACGCAGGAGAGAAACCAGGAGCACAGUCUCGCGCCGCAUUGACUUCGAGUUCUGAUAAGUUAAGUGAAAUUUGGUUAUGGCAUCGCCGUUUAGGGCAUCCCUCUUUUAGUCUUAUGAGAAAAACCAUGCCUACUCUGUUUAUUGGUGUGGAUGAGUGUGCUUUACAUUGUGAAACAUGUGUCUUGGCCAAGAGUCAUCGUGCUACUUAUUCUCCUAGUGUUUCUAAUAAAAGUGUUAUUCCUUUUGAGUUGAUUCAUUCUGAUGUUUGGGGACCUUCUCGAGAACCCACUGUGUCCGGUAUGAGAUACUUUGUGUUAUUUAUUGAUGAUUGUACGAGAUUGUCAUGGGUUGCUCUUCUUAAAACCAAAGAUGAAGUCUUUCCAGCUUUUCAAACUUUUUGUACCCUUAUUCAAACACAAUACCAUGGCACCAUUAAAGUCCUUCGUUCUGACAAUGGGGGGGGAAUAUGUUAAUCAUGUUUUCCAAGAGUUUUUUGAAACCCAUGGGAUUGUUCACCAAACCACAUGUCCACAAACACCAGAACAAAAUGGAGUGUCUGAAAGGAAAAACCGUCAUUUACUUGAUAUGGCUCGUGCCCUUCUCUUUAGUGCUCAUAUGCCUAAGUAUCUUUGGGGCGAUGCUGUAAAUGCUUCCUCUCAUCUUAUCAAUCGUCUUCCAUCUAGUGUCCUUCAGGGAAGAAUUCCAUUUGAGGUUCUUGCAUCUCAUGUCUCCUUACCUUCAUUUCAUAAUCUUCCAGCUCGUGUCUUUGGUUGUGUUGCAUUUGUCCAUAUUCCUAAAAACCAGCGGUCUAAGUUGGAUGCCCGAGCGCUUAAGUGUGUAUUUGUGGGCUACGGAGGUUAUCAGAAAGGGUACAAGUGCUAUCAUCCACCAACCAGAAAAUACUAUGUCACUAUGGAUGUUACUUUCUUUGAGGACAUGAGUUAUUUUUCCCCCUCAGAUACAGCUCUUCAGGGGGAGAAUUCAUUUUUUGAAGAGCUGUAUCAUGGAGAGGGGGAGGAAUCAGGAAGCGGAGAAGAAGUCGCACAGGUAGGAGGUAUUUUGAUUGAUCCAGUUGAGAGCAUCAGCUUAUCAC